UGUCAAUAAACAUGGAGGCCGGAAGUAAAAUUAAAAUGUUUAGAAUUUUGCUUCUUUAUUGCUGUCUUACGUGUGCAGUAUCGGCCCCCGAUACCCUCAGACAAGUUAACAUUCUGUACAGACAUGGUGACCGGUCUCCGACCAAGGCCUACCCAAAGAACCCUUACCCGCAAUCUAUCUGGCCACAGGGACUAGGCCAACUCAACCAGACUGGGAUGUGGCAACAUUACUGGCUUGGCAAGUUCUUAAGAAAGAGAUAUGAUGGUUUCAUUAGCACUGAUUACAAGAGACGUGAGGUGAAUGUGAGGAGCACUGACAUGGAUAGGACACUAAUGAGUGCCUAUAGUAACCUAGCAGGACUAUUUCCACCAGCAGGACGUCAGCUAUGGAACCCAAAUAUCCCCUGGCAGCCAAUCCCUGUCCACACUAGGCCAACAGAAGAUGAUCCACUUUUAAAAACUGAUUAUGAUUGCCCAAGAUACGAUGAGCUGCAACAGCAGACAUUUGAGAUGCCAGAGAUACAGCAGCAUGAAAAGAAAUUUAAGGACUUCUACAUCUAUGUAUCUGAGUCCACUGGAGUGCCACAUGAAAAUAUAAGAGACAUUUGGGGAAUAUAUGACAUUUUAUUUUGUGAGCAAUACCAUGGACUAAGUCUACCUGCCUGGGCUACAAACCAAACAUUCUUCAAUAGAACAAUCUUCAGCUUACUAGAGGAGAUGCAAACUAUGGACUUCUACUACAUGUUCAAUACAAGAGAGAAAGCAAAGCUACGGGGAGGCAUGUUAGUGGAUGAAAUGGUGGAAAACAUGAAGGUUAACAUGGCCAAUGAUACAACUGAUGAAAAUACAUAUAUCACAACACACAUAUACUCUGCUCAUGAUACAACAGUGUCUGCCUAUAGGAGUGCUAUCCAGAUAGACAAUGACCUCCCACCACCCUAUGCAACAGCUGUUAUGACUGAGCUGCACUAUGACAAAACUAAGCAGGAAUAUUUUGUACGAGUCUGGCAGAGGAACACAACCAAUUACAAUGAUACAGAUACACCACCUAAUCAACUCAGAAUAAAAGGCUGCGAACUGGAUUGUCCCUUUAGUGAGUUUGUGAAGCUAACAAGUGAUGUUGUUAUCACAUAUAAUCAACUCCAGGGUGCCUGUGGUAAAACUUCAAUGACUAAAAAUAACAUGGUUAUAUUGAUUUCUGUUGGUGUUGCACUGGUAGUCCUCAUUGCAAUCUCUGUGUGUUGUUAUUGUUGGAAACGACAGCGAGACAUUCGAUACGAGAGGUACCAACAGGCAGAGACAUCUAGUGCAUAGAAACUCAACUAAAAUCAUAUUAAAACAUUCAUACUAUGAAUCCUCAACAAAAACAGAUAAUGUUCAACUGUAAUAAUUUACUUCAUCUAUCAACUAUAAAACUGAUAUCUUGUCCACCUAGAUUCCCUGGCUCACCAACACUGAUUCAUUUCAAUUUAUCUCUUGUAUCAGAUUUGAGAUGUUUCUUAAGUGAACUCUCAGGGACAUUAAUUGAAAUUAUUUCUUGUUGUUUAAUAGAUGGAGCAUUUGAUUGUCCUGUGCUCUAUAGAUACGAAAUAUCAAUAAUAUACUAGAUAUAGUAUCAAACUGUCCCUAUCACUAAGUGCUUACACUGUUUAGACAGGUGAUGUGAAGCAUAUUUUACCAAAGGAAAAUUUUUUGAUAUGAUCUAAGAUCAAAUCUUAAUGUCAUUUUCAUCUGUUUUAUGGUAAUAGUAGAUGAGAUGGUACAUACAUAUGUUGCAUAUAACAUAUGUUGUAUUGUUGCUAAAUUAUUUUAUACCACUCUGGAUGGGGCAUUUUUUAUGAACUUUAAGUUAUGAUAUUCAGACAACAUCAUUAUUAUCCAUGGUGUUGUAUAUUACUUGUAAAUGUAUUCAGUAUCAGAUAGAUUAAAUCAUUCCUUGAGAGGUACUAAAUAUGUGAAUAUGCUUUUUAUUUUUAUAAACAAGGUAUGCUAACAAUAAAUGAACAAUAAAUGAAAUAAUAAAAUUCCAAUGGAAUAACAUUUCACCUCAUUUUGGUUUAUUCCUAUUGUUACAAAUGCCUGCAUAUUUACAUUUGGAAAAUAAAUAAAUAAUAAGUUAUAAAUAUAUAACGAGUGCAAUUAGCUAUAAAAUAUCCAUCAAUGCU